AUGGCCGGGGAAGCGGGACUUCCAUGGGUGGCACGCUUCAUUAACCACAUCUUAACGCCCGGAUCGGCCCUCUCGCCGGUGGUUUGGUGCGCGUUCAACGUUGUGAUGGCCGCACUGCUCCUGUGCUGGCUACCGUUGCUUAUUUCUAUGCCAUCGAAUAUACACCUCUGGGUGUUCGGCUUCCUUGGCGCCGGUCUGGCCUUCUCCACCAAUUGGUUCUUCAGGGAACUUUCCGCCAGGCCCCCAAGUGCUGCAGAAGCUACCGAGCACGAAGUUCGUGAGAAAAGGAACCAAUGA